AUGAAGACAAUGAGGAGCUCGUGGAACUCUGUCGGAAGACAUUGUCUCCGCCAGAAGAGCACUCCUUUCACGAACCAGAGCAGAUCAUGCACGAGCAGUUUGGGAGGCCUGCGGAAGCUACUCAGGGUAUCCGAAGAAGUUGAGGACGCUCUAGCUACCAACAAGCCCGUGGUAGCGCUCGAGUCUACAAUAUAUACUCAUGGAGCGUUGGGCGAUGACCUCGACUUAGAGGGUAUCGUGCGUCGCAAUGGUGGAGUACCGGCUGUUUGUGGUAUCUUGGAGGGUGUUCCAACUGUUGGUCUUCUACCUGAAGAAAUCACUCACAUGAUCGAGAACUCGCCGCGAAAGGUGUCCAGAAGAGAUAUUGCUUUCCUCACCGGCAUGGGCAUGAUGGGAAACAAGAUCAACGGAGGCACAACUAUAGCUGGUACCAUGAUUCUGGGUAGGCUUGCUGGGAUCCGGGUUUUCGGUACAGGUGGUCUUGGAGGCGUUCAUCGAGGCGGGCACGAUACGCUAGACAUCUCGGCUGAUCUGACAGAACUUGGUCGCACCAGAAUGGCUGUUGUCAGCAGUGGGUGUAAGGGCUUCCUAGACAUACCGAGAACGCUUGAAUAUCUUGAGACACAAGGCGUCCUCGUAUCAACUUUUGCAGAUGGCCGAGCUGGCAAGGUCGAUUUCCCAGCCUUUUGGGCUCGGGAUAGCGGCGUUAAGAGCCCGUCGAUUGUACAGAGUGAAGAGGAGGCAGCAGCCAUGAUCCUGGCACAAGAGACCUUGGGACUUGAAUCGGGCUUGCUGUUUGCGAACCCAAUUCCAGAAAAGUCCUCUAUUCCGACAGACGAGAUGAACAAGGUCAUUGAACAGGCCGUCCGCGAGUCACUGGAACAAGGGGCUUCGGGCAGCGAGAACACUCCUUUCAUCCUCACGCGAAUCCGAGAGCUUACGAAUGGCCGCAGCGUGCCUGCUAAUGUGGCACUUGUCCAGGCCAAUGUGGAGCGCGCUGCAAAGAUAGCAGUUGCGGUCUCUCAGAUGAUUUCAGGGGACAUAGCGAUACCCACAGAGGCAGCAGAUAUUAUGGUAGCUGGUUCCGUUGCGAUAGACCUAAACUGCGACUAUGCUGGGCCCAACAGUGCGACCAACCCAACUCCCCAACUCAAGACGUCAAACCCCGCCCGCAUCAGUCAAUCCAUAGGCGGCGUGGGUCGCAAUGUAGCACUGGCUGCACACAAGGUCAGAGGUGACAUGACUGUCAGACUCUGUAGUAUGGUCGGCAAUGAUAUAGCUGGCUCGACCGUUUUGGCUUCCCUCAACGCUGCAGGCAUGAGCACGCAAUCUGUCAGGAAAAUUAGCGAAGCAUCUGGUAGAACAGCACAGUAUGUCGCCGUGAACGAUGCAAAUAAGGGUCUCGUGAUGGCCAUGGCUGAUAUGGAUCUAUUUACAACUCAUUCUUUCCCGUCCGAGUGGAACGCUGAAGUGGCCACAGCCAAGCCCAAGUGGCUCAUUGUUGAUGGCAACUGGUCAGAACAGAGCAUAAGAUCAUGGAUACGAGCUGGCAAGCGGAAUGGCUCGCAGGUGGCUUUCGAGCCCGUCUCUAAUGCCAAGUCAGCUCGUCUGUUCUGCCGUGCCAAGAACCUGGAGCAGCUAGGGAUAUACCCUAAACACAGCGUCGACUUGGCUACGCCAAACCAGUACGAGCUGGCAGCGAUGCAUGCUGCGGCACAAGAGAACGGGUACCUCGAAGAUCAGCAUUGGUGGGAGGUGAUUGAUGCUCUUGGAAUGACGGGUGCAAGGGACCGAUUCGUGAGGAUGACUUCGGCGGCCAUGACGGAUGCUGGUAUCCCACAACAAGCGAUUCAGCUGCUACCUUACAUUCCAACAAUUAUCACGAAGCUAGGAGAUCAGGGUGCCUUGUUGGCAACGAUCCUUCGGAAGGACGAUCCCCGACUGAUGGACAUGGCUUUCGAGCCUUUCAUAUUGUCCAGGUCCUUCCACAAUCACCCGGAUAUUGGAGGCGUCUACCUGAGGCUAUUUCCAGUUGCCGAGAUGGUGCAAGAUGUCGUCUCUGUAAACGGCGUUGGCGAUACCUUCUUAGGGGUUCUCGUUGCUGGUCUCGCUCAGGGAGGAAAUAUUGAGGAUCUGAUGCAUGUGGCGCAAAAGGGGGCAAUCAUGACACUGAGAAGCUCUGAGUCAAUGCCCCCCAAGCAGAACAAGGAAGUGCCCGACGAGGACGACUUUGCCUCUUUCUCCGAGCAUGACGACUCAUCAGACUACGAGAGCGGAGAGGAACCACAAGUCCCCAAGAAGCCUCAGCGAAAUCCAGUCCUCGAGAAGGACUCCGACGAAGAAGAGCUCGAGCGUUUGGUUCUAGGCGACAGCUCCAACUUCCGCGAAAACCUGUUCAAGGGAGACUACCAAGAAGACAUUGGCUCCGACUUUGAAGGCUAUGCAGAGGAGGCUGAUCAGGAUGGCGACGACAAUGUCGAGGAUCUGGACGACGCGCAGUUGUUCUUCCUUGAUGCGCCGCCCGCCGGUAACAAGGACCUGGUAGUGACACCCACCAGUGUCCUGGCUGCUUCGCAGAAGGACCAAAAGAAUGCGCCCGCCUGGGAAGACAGCGAUGACGAGCGGCUGACCGUGUCCCUUGCCAGCGCCACUCAGCUGCGAAAGCUACGUAUCACUGAAGAGGACGACGUCGUGACUGGUACGGAAUAUACCAGGAGGUUACGGCAACAAUACCUGCGACUCAACCCUGUUCCUGCUUGGGCAAAGGAGGCAGAGGAGCGUCCGGCCAAGCGUCGCCGGAGGUCCUCUGCUGCAUCCGACGACUCCCAGGCCUCCGAUGUCAGCGGUAGCGAUGACGAGGCGUCUGCUCUGCCACUUGACAAAUUCCUGCGAGAUGCCACUUCGCUCAGCGAGGACGGCACCAAGUCGAAGAAGCUACGCCCUGAGGUUAUCGACAUACAAAGAUCUAGAGAUAUGGCCGAUAGCCACAAGGAUGAAGUCACGUCGCUUUGCUUCCAUCCUGAAUACCCCGUGCUCCUAUCAGCCAGCACUUCAACGCUGCUCUAUCUUCACCACAUUGCGCCCACCGCUCAUCCCACACCAAACCCGCUCUUGACCUCUGUGCAAAUCAAGCAAGUUCCAGUCAGGCAUGCUGAGUUCCUCUUCCCGAGCGGUGACAAGAUAUUCUUUGCUGGUCGGCGGCGAUUCAUUCACUCCUGGGACCUGCCGACAGGUGUGAUCCAAAAGACUCAAAAACUUCAGGGACAUAACUUGGAGCAAAGAACAUGGGAGCGCUUCAACCUUAGUCCAUGUGGGCGCUGGCUAGGAAUGAUUGCCUCCACACGGAAAGGAGGCGGUGAAAUCAACAUUGUCAAUGUCAAUACUAUGCAAUGGAUUGCUGCUGCCCGCUUAGACAGCCGAGGAGGUAUCGCAGAUUUCCAGUGGUGGAGCAACGGCAACGGUUUGACAGUCCUUGGAAAGGGAGGCCAAGUCGGCGAGUGGAGCAUGGCUACCAAACGGUUCCUGGCCAUAUGGAACGACGAAGGCUCAAUAGGCGGCACCGUCAUUGCGCUGGGUGGGCGCAAUGGGCCCAAGGUCCUGGGUGGCCACAAGUGGGUGGCCAUCGGAUCCAACAGCGGCGUAAUGAACGUCUACAACCGGGACGACUUGAUUCUGCCCACGGGUGACGAUGAGUUGGAGAUCAAGGAGCGACCCGAACCUGCGCGAAGGUUCGAGCAGAUGACAACGCCCAUCACAUUCUUGAAGUUCAGCCCUGACGGGCAGAUCUUGGCUUUCGGAAGCACGCACAAGAAGGAUGCUCUACGGCUGGCACACUUGCCCAGCUGUACGGUCUACAGGAAUUGGCCUACUGCGCAAACGCCUCUCGGACGAAUUACAGCCAUUGCGUUUGGUAGCAAGAGUGAUACGCUGGCAGUCGGCAAUGAUACCGGGAAGAUUAGAUUAUGGGAGAUUAGGAGCUAG